AUGCUAUCGCUCACAGCAUUCUUAACAGUCGCAUCUACAAUUACUGUCGCUUUAGCAAUUAUAUUCAACACAGUGCAUGAUCCGCUAACAGCAUCAAUUGGAUUCGGCAUACUUGGUGGAUCAACAACGUGGCUUAUUAUUCCAAUGUUAACAGAGAGUUUUCUGAACGCCAAGAGAACUGGACGAGAUGCGCACAAACUGACUAAACCAAUACUUCCUGAGAGCAUGGGUGUUGUUGCCGCAACGGUUUACUUGAUCUGCCUCUUUCUGUUUAUUCCUUUUCCAUUCAUGGAUUACUUUACAGGCCAGCAUAUUCUCUCUCGUAAAGAACCGUUUCAUACUCCUACUUUUCCCCACAACAAACUCGGUGAAUUCCUGUCCGCUUUGCUCUCGCUUCAGUCGAUGAUUCUUCUUGGAUUUGCUGACGAUGUGUUUGAUAUACGAUGGAGAUACAAAUUACUUUUACCGACGAUAGCAUCCAUUCCAAUAUUGAUUAAUUACUAUGUCGGAUCUGGUGAAACGCAUAUUAGUGUGCCGAUUCCAUUCCGGUUCAUAUUUGGCCAAAUUCUAGACUUGGGUCCAAUAUAUUAUGUAUAUAUGGGGAUGAUGGCAGUAUUCUGUACAAAUUCAAUCAAUAUUUUGGCUGGCAUUAACGGCGUUGAAAUUGGUCAAUCGCUAGUGAUUGCUACCUCCAUUGCAGCUAACGACUUGCUAUUCCUCAACGCUUUUGAUCAAACUGUUGAGACACAUUUAUUCUCAUUGUUUUUUCUCAUUCCCUUCAUCGGUGUCACAAUUGGUCUAAUGAUACAUAACUGGUUCCCGGCGCGCGUAUUUGUUGGAGAUACAUAUUGUUACUUUGCUGGAAUGACCUUUGCCGUCGUGAGCGUAUUGGGACACUUUAGCAAGACACUAUUGUUAUUCUUCAUACCGCAAAUAUUUAAUUUCGUAUACUCGGCCCCACAAUUGUUCAAGCUUGUCGAUUGUCCACGACAUAGGAUGCCAGACUUCAACCCGCGUACAAACAAACUGGAAUAUAGUACAGUUCGAUUGGAACAACCACUAAGUCCUGUAUCCAGUAUCGUUAUUAAGUUGUUCGCUUUGUUGCGUCUUGUAGAGAUUAAACAUGAGAAAGAAGAAAUAGUCGUUAACAAUUUCACAUUGUUGAAUUUAAUACUUUUAAAAUUUGGUCCUAUGCAUGAACGAACUCCACCUGCUUUACGAAGGGCUGUAGUUCCUCGUUAA